AUGCCCCCCAAUACGCCUGAAACCAUAUCUGAACAAUUUAAGAAAUUAGACUUAAAAAAAUUGGUUCGUGAGAAGGGUUUAUAUCAAGUUUAUCCUCAAGUUUCCUACCCUCCUCUUGAACCUUUUGAGCAUGUAGAUGCUGGUAAAAGAGGUGACCCUAAGAAAGCAUCGCUUUUCGAUAACGCAACUGAAGUCUUUGACUUGACUCCUAUCAUCGGUACAGAAAUCCAUGGUCUUCAACUCUCUCAAUUGUCCGAUCAGCAAAAGAAUGAUUUAGCUUUAUUGGCCGCUGAAAGAGGUGUUGUCUUCUUUCGUAAUCAGGAUUUGGAUCCUUAUCAAGCAGUUGAAUUAGGAAAAUACUUUGGUCGUCCUCAUAUUCAUAAUACGAUAGGACAUCCCGAAGGUCUUCCCGAGGUUAUCAGUUUAUUCUAUGACGAGAAAAAUCCCACGCUCACUCAAUAUUUCGAAAGCAAGGCUGCCGCCGAUGGUUGGCAUAGCGACAUUACCUACGAGAACCAACCUGCAGGUAUUUCUAUUUUGAAGAUUGACACUUCCCCUGAAUCGGGCGGUGAUACCAUGUGGGCAUCUGCUUACGAAGCCUACGAUCGUCUCUCUCCUCCCUUUCAAAAAUUUGUGGAGGGACUCAGCGCGGUGCAUACGGGUCAAAUCCAUACCGAAAAUGCCAAACGUACUGGAACUUUCAUUCGUCGUGAAUUCGUCGAUUCUGUUCACCCCAUCGUGCGUACUCACCCUGUCACUGGCUGGAAGGGAUUGUUUGUCCAACCGGGUUUCACCAAGUCUAUUGUGGGUCUCAGUACACGUGAAUCUAAACUCUUGUUAGAUCACUUGUAUGAGCAUGUGAGUGGAGGCCAUAACUUUCAGGUUCGAUUCAAGUGGGAAGAAGAUAGUGUGGCAAUUUGGGAUAAUCGCUCGACAUUCCAUACCGCUAUCUUUGAUUACUUUACUGUAGGAAGACGUCAUGGCUGGAGAGUAACUCCUACUGCUGAGAGACCAUACUUUGAUCCCGAGAGUAAAUCAAGACGACAAGAUCUUGCUGAAAAAGCAGCAGCAGCCGCAGCAGCAGUAGCAAAGAAGAAUUCAGUCUAA